CAGAACUAAAAGAGGACACAUUCAUUCUGUACGAACCCACAGUGUUUUUUUUUUUUGUUUGUUUGUUUUUUCUUAACGCAGAAGACCUGCUAAUAUCAUAGUUAUUUCUGCACUGUGAUGGACAGGCUUGACCUCCAUUCGGUUUCAUCCACCACCGACACCAUCCUGCAGGGUCCCAGCGCUGCUCUUACAAAUAAUAUCUACACUGCUGUUAUUAAGGUGUUCAAGGGAGAAGAACUACAGCCGAAUGAACUGUACUGCUUGAAUGAAAAUACCAGGUGGCUUCUGAGGACAGAUAUGGGCUUCUUUAUCAAAGAGUAUUUCCAGAAUCAGAUUUUGACUAAAGGUCUAUCAAUCAUUUUGGAUGAGAUUCAGAGGCUUGAAGGAGAGAGACAGCUGUUUGUUUUGACCCAGGUGUGGGAUAGGUUUUUCACUGAGAUUCUGCCCACUUUGCAGGCUAUUUUAUAUCCUCUACAGGGUCAGGAGUUGACGGUGAGACAGAUGGUGCUUCUCGGCUUCAGGGAUCUGGUCCUGAUGCAGCUUUCUCUGGGUGACCUUCUGCAAAAGAAUCUUUCUCUCAUCCCAGCAUCCAUCACACAAAUGCUACUUGUGCUACAGGGAAUUCAGGAAUCCAGAGGCCCCUCAAAGGAAUAUUGCCAACUUGAGAGUCUGGUGGCACUAGUGGUCAAACCCUACUUAGGGAACUGCAGACACACAAGCUGCACUGAACAAAGCGCCACAAGAGCACAAGUGAGUCACCCUGAGAUAAGGAUUACUCAUCACAUCUCUGAAGGCUCUCUGCUGUCCCCUGUAAUUGAACAGGAAGGGGAAAUGUACCUCGAGCGAGUGGGAAACCUACGACGUCACAGCGUGACAAAUGCUCAUUCUGACAUUCAACUACUCACUGUUACUAGUAGGGUAUAUACUGGGAUGGAUGACAGCUGCGAAACUAUGGAUCUGACUAAAACACCCCUCUGA